AACGAAAUUAGAGAAACAAUGUCGAGGAUCGGUAGUGGAUCCUUCGGCACCAUUUACUUGGGGGUUAAUGCAAAAACUGGAGAGGAAGUCGCUGUUAAGGUGGAGACGAGUCAAAUUCGCCAUCCUCAACUGAUGUACGAAAGCAAAUUAUAUCGAAUUCUUAGUGGUGGGACCGGAAUCCCUCAUAUGAGGUAUUUUGGGCGUGAGGGUGAGAACAGCUAUCUUGUAAUUGACCUUCUUGGACCAAGUCUUGAAGAUCUGUUUUUGUACUGUUCGCGUCGUUUUACAACCAAGACUGUGCUGAUGUUAGCAGAACAAAUGAUUUCCCGUAUUGAAUAUCUGCACUCCAAAUGCUACCUGCAUCGCGAUAUAAAACCUGAUAAUUUUCUAAUGGGAAUUGGCCGUCAGUGUAAUCGUGUAUUCAUAAUUGAUUUCGGUUUGGCGAAGAAGUACAUAUGUUCCAAAACAAAGAAGCACAUUCCAUUCAGGGAUCACAAAAACCUGACUGGCACCGCACGUUAUGCGAGUAUCAACACCCACAUGGGCAUCGAACAGGCGCGUCGUGACGACUUGGAAGCUCUUGGUUACGUACUGAUGUACUUCAACCGUGGAAGUCUGCCGUGGCAGGGGCUAAAGGCCAAUACGAAACGGCAAAAGUAUGAAAGAAUCGGCGAGAAGAAAAUGUCCACCCCGGCGGAGGUGCUAUGCAAGGGUUUCCCAGGAGAGUUCGCCAUGUACCUCAAUUACUGUCGAGGGUUGCGAUUUGAAGAACCACCGGACUACUCAUAUCUGCGGCAACUCUUCCGCGUUCUGUUUAGUUCGCUUGGGCACAAGAUGGACUACAUUUUCGACUGGAACCUCUUGAAACGUCGCUCAGCCGGCGGCGGCGGUUCCCCUAGCAACGCAGCUGCCGCAGGUGACGUGGGCAGGAAUGUCGUUCAGCAUCACGACACGACAAAGCACACUUCUCUCCUUCCAGCAAAACUAGGUCGCGUUUCCAACUCCGGUAAUCACCAGCACCAAGUGACACAUCGACGCGGCAGGCCGUCGGAUGACGAGUGGUAA